CUAUUAUAUCAUAGUUUUAAUGUCUCUGUGGGUCCUUUCCUCUCUCUUUCAGAAGACUACAGCUGGUCCUGGUACUGCUCUUAGUCCCCACGCCACUUGACAGGGUUUCAUCCAUGGCUUUGCCUUCUUUCUUAUUUGUUUUCUCAAAUACCCACCACAUUAUUCUGAGUUUCAAGCCACAAGCUUCUUAAAGUGGAGGCAUGAAUGAAGGGGUGUCUCUCAACUUUAGUCCCAGUAUGAUUCUUCUCGAGGUUUUUCUGCUACUUUUAAGUCUGAAUGAAUACCAUCAUGUCACAGGCUCUGCAUUGAUGGACAGAAAAUUGGAUGCUUUUCUUCCUGAGAUUGCACCGAAUGCAGUUCCUCAGCCUUUUCUCCCUAUUCUUGCACCUUCUCCAUUGCAACCUUUUACCAACAGCUCUAUACCAAAAUUAUCAGGACUAUGUACGUUGAACUUCACUGCUGCUGAAAGUUUGAUGAGCAUUACAGCAAUUGAUUGCUGGGGCGUUUUUGCGCCAUUGCUGGCUAAUGUUAUAUGUUGCCCACAGCUGGAAGCAACUGUUGCAAUUCUUAUUGGCCAAUCAAGUAAAAACAAUAACGUGCUUGCUUUAAAUGGGACUGCUUCCAAGUAUUGCCUUUCGGAUAUUGAGCAAAUUUUGGUGGGUCAAGGUGCUUCAGUUGAUGUUAAGAGAAUAUGCUCAAUUCAUCCAUCAAAUCUCACUGAAGGGUCUUGCCCUGUUAAAGAUGUGAAUGAGUUCGAAAGCACUGUGGAUUUGUCCAAGCUUCUUGCUGCUUGUGAGAAGAUCGAUCCUGUGAAAGAAUGUUGUGACCAAGUAUGUCAAAAUGCAAUAGUAGAAGCAGCUGGAAGAAUUGCAUCACAAGCUUCUGAAAUCUUGAGCAUGGAUGAGGCCCAUGGUUUGCCUCAGCACUCAACUAGGGUUAAUGAUUGUAAACAUAUUGUCCUCCGGUGGUUGGCAAGUAAACUUGAUCCUCGUAGUUCAAAGGAGGUUCUCAGAGGACUAUCUAAUUGCAAUGUCAACAAAGUUUGCCCUCUGGUUUUCCCUGACAUGAGUCAUGUUGCAAAAGGCUGUGGGAAUGGGAUAUUUAACACCACAGAGUGCUGUCAUGCCGUGAACAGCUAUGUGUCUCACUUGCAGAAGCAGAGCUUCAUAACCAACUUGCAAGCUUUGGAUUGUGCUACAACUCUAGGAAUGAAGUUGCAGAAAUCAAAUAUCACCAGAAAUAUUUAUAGCCUUUGUCAUAUAAGCCUCAAGGAUUUUUCACUCCAAGUUGCAAAGCAAGAGUCUGGAUGCCUUCUGCCAAGCUUGCCUUCUGAUGCAACACUAGACAAGUCUUCGGGGAUUGGCUUCAUUUGUGAUCUGAAUGACAAUAUUCCUGCCCCUUGGCCCUCUUCAGCUCAAUUACCGGCAUCAUCAUGCAACAAAACUGUGAAAAUUCCAGCACUUCCUGCAGCCGCAUCAGCUCAAAGUGGCUUGUAUAGUGAAGAUUUGAUAGUUUAUGUGCUGUUUGCUGCCUCGUUCGCCUUCAUGAUGCUAAUAUAGACAUGUAGUAGUGCCUUGUUGAAGAUAACCUUGCGUUUAUAUCUACAUUGAGAAGGUUUCCAUGCGUGAUACAAUUUCGCCAGUCGUUGUAGAAUGAGUUCAAUCAGAUUUAGCUAAUGUGAAAAGAGGUUUUGCAUGUCUGACCCCCUGUUAAUCAAAGUGUACCUGGGAGAGUCCUGAAGUCUCAACCUGAAGUGAGGUUAAGUUUGUCUGUCUGAUUGUAUUAAUUCAUGAUUCUUGCUUGCCUGUGUAAUAAUUUUCUUUUCUUUUUGUAAAGAAACACUGGGAAAUCAAAAUAUGACAUUUGUAGAAAAAUUGAAAAAAAAAAAAAAAAAGGAUAUAAUAUUGUCACCUAUUUGACCGUGCCCUGCA